AAUCGCUCCUCUCUCUCGCUCGCUCGCUCAUAAAUCGCACUCGCCUCUUCAGCCCUCACUGUCUUCUCAACAACUCCGCAAAGCCUCCAAAAACCCUUCCCCACCCCACCCCCGCCACCGCCACCGCCACCGCCACCGCCACCGCCGUGAACGGCGGCGUAAACCACCAUUCCUCUCUCCGAUAAAACUCAUCCGAUUUCAGAAUGCCAACUAUGGCGAACUCCGAAGUCACUGACGGGCCAGUCCUCAGCUUCAUCAACAAGCGUCUCCGUGCCCUCCGCAAGAAACUCAAUCGCAUUGUCCAACUCGAAGACUCCAUCGCUCAGGGCAAGCCCAUCAACAAGGAACAAGAAGACCUAAUCGUCUCCAAACCCUCCGUCACCGCCUCCAUCGACGAGCUCGAGAAGCUCCGCCAUCCCCUCUCCGCCGCCAUCGCUGAAGAAAUAAACCUCGCCGUCCAACGCCACCACACCACCCCCUCCGAUGAUACAGAAAAGGACCGAAAUGUGGCCGAGGUUGAAUCCAAAGCGGUGGAGGAUCUCCUGAACCUUCUCUACUUUGGGAGUAUGUUUGAUGUGAAGAGUCAGAACGAUUUCACUUCGACGAUGCUGACUCGGACUCACGAGAGGGGGUGCUGCUUGACCUACGACUACGUCACUGACGACGAUGCCGCCGAUCUGCUCGGCGAGAGGGACUUGGAUUUGAUUUCGAUGUUGGGCGGUCUCUUGAUUUCGCGGCCUGUCGAUUCGAGCCUCUCGCAUAUGAAUGCGUUGCGACGGUGCAUUGAGCAUGCGAAGCAAUGGCUUUCCAAUUCCGAUCAUCCAAUCGAUUCAGAUCCGAAUGUUACUUAUGCGGGGUUGAGAGCGAAGCUCAACAAGAUUAUGGCUUCGGACUAUUUCACCACAACUCCGGAGAUGAAAGCAACUGUUGAAAUGGCUGCUGCAGCUGCCGGAAAUUAUGCCUCUUUUCAGGUGCCUGUGCAUGGUUCCAUGGUGCCAGUCCAAGUGGAAGGUUCGGAUGAGCAAUACCAGCAGGAUGAAGAUACAACAAAUUUUCAAGGAAACGAGACAUAUGAUAAUCAGUCUGGUCCUGUGGAAGAACCUCACAAGAUGCAGGGUGAAUUUGGGUCGGAAAAUCAUACAGAAGUUUUGUCUGAGACAGAACUAGAUGAACUGCAAGCAGAAGGGAAGAAUCAGAGAGAUGUGGAGUCAAAGGAUCAGCAUUAUGUUUCUCGGAGGAACUAUCAGAACCAAAAAGGUGGCCGUGGUGGUGGCCGCAGGGGUGGUGGCUACUCCAAUGGCCGUGGAGGACGAGGAAGCAGCAGGGGAGGUGGGCCUUAUCAGAAUGGCCACAACCAGUAUUAUGACCAGCCCAGAAACUAUAACCCAAGGAACUAUUACAACAAUAGGGGAAGAGGUGGCAGGGGUGGUGGUGGUGGGAACUUCUACAACAAUUAUAGUUCAGGCGCUCAAGGCAGCUAUGAACCAGCUGAGUCAUGAUCCCUUAUAACCCAUUUAGUUGUUGAUAGGGUUUUUUUUGCUACUAGCUAAGCCUUCUGCUUUGCAUGGAACUUGGACUGGUUGCCCUUGAGAUGAGAGUGCAACAACAUCCAGGACCUUUGCUUUUGUAGUGCAGUCAGUUGAGGACUUCUUUUUAUUUUUAUUUUAGUUUGAUAGCAAUAGAUUUUCAUUUGAACUGCAAUGCUUGUCCGACUUUUAAUUUGGAUUUGCAGAGUUGUUUCAAUGCUUGGAUGACGCUGCAUAUUUUGCAGUUGUUUCAGAUGCAUCAUCUAAAACUGUGCUUGUUUUGCCCAUGGAAAAAGAUUUAGGCAAUGGCAGUUUCUGUUGCUA